AUGGUCCCUCCGCUGAGAAUCGGCGCGGUGGAGUUCCGCCACUGGGAAACAGGGAAUCACAAAGGAAUUGAGUCCAUAGCUUCAAAAAUAGACUGUCUCUCCCGUAAAAGACUAUCAAGAGAAGUCGAGCCUCCAAGGGAGAUGCUUCAGUCAGUCACAGGGGCACGGGAUGCCUUAUGCCAGAUGUUGACAUAUGCCACUUCUUGUCUCCCAGUUGCCCUCCCCCUCAACGCUGAUGGUGAUGAUGACAAGAUCGUGGGAGGCUACACCUGUGCAGAGCACUCUGUCCCCUACCAGGUGUCCCUGAACGCCGGGCGCAUCCAAGUGCAGCUCGGGAAACACAACCUGGAACUCACAGAAUCGACUCAGCAGUUUAUUAACUCGGCUAAAGUCAUCCGCCACUCUGGCUACAGCGCCUACACACUGGACAAUGACAUUAUGCUCAUCAAGCUUUCCACACCAGCUCAGCUCAACAGGGCUGUCCAAACCAUUCCUCUGCCUACCAGCUGUGUGACCACAGGCACCAUGUGCCUCAUCUCUGGCUGGGGCAACACCCUCAGCAGCGGCAGUUACUAUCCAGACACCUUGCAGUGCCUGAAGGCCCCCGUGCUCUCCGCAGCCGAGUGCAGCGAUGCCUACCCUCGGCAAAUUACUAAGAACAUGAUGUGUGUGGGAUACUUGGAGGGAGGCAAAGACUCCUGCCAGGGAGAUUCCGGUGGUCCAGUUGUCUGCAACGGUGAGCUCCAGGGUAUCGUUUCCUGGGGUAUUGGGUGUGCACAGGAAGGCUAUCCCGGAGUUUACACCAAGGUUUGCAAUUACGUCUCCUGGAUCCGAGACACUAUGGCUGCCAACUGAGACCUCUUUUCUUCUCCUCACCAUUUUCUUCUG